AUGUCCUCCUACUCCGUAAAAGUCACAGAAACUCCCGCAAUAAAAAAUGCGCCCCUCAUCGGCCUCGCUGAGGGUUGCGGGUAUUUUAACAACCUCCAUCUCGCAGGUCUCCUCCUCGUCGUUCCCUGGGUCGUUAAACGGCUCUUACCUGUCGUAAACCGCGGCGGCUUCAAGACGUACCUCUUCCUCGUCUUGGUACUAGGUGUCCCCAUCACGAUUGCAUAUUGGACCAUCGUGAGCUUGUACGGGCCUCGCAAGAACCAGAAAAUUCAGCUGCCUGGCAAGAACUUGGAGGAAUACAUCAUCAUUCACGACGAGGAGUUGAAGACCAAGUACCAUGGCAAGGAGAAGAUCCCCAUGCAGAUAUUCCACGACGCGUAUUUUGACAAGAAGAUUGAUUUUAACGGUGCUGAUGUUCUCGAUAUCAUGGAACAACGACAUGACUGGGCCAAGAUGAACUUCACUCCUGAGCUUUUCAAAUAUGUAUUUACGCAGAUGCUUCCGGAAGUCAUCAUGCACUCCAGGAGCCAGGAUGAGGAGCAAGUCCGUGACCAUUAUGACCGUGGUGAUGACUUUUAUGAAUGGUUCCUUGGUCCUCGUAUGGUGUAUACAUCUGGGAUCGUCAACGACCUAACGAAUGAGGAGUCGCUCGAACAACUACAGGACAACAAGCUGACGGUGGUUUGCGAGAAGCUCAACCUCCAACCGAGCGAUCGUCUGCUUGACGUUGGCUGCGGUUGGGGUACCCUCUGUGCGUUCGCGGCCAAAAACUAUGGAUGUGAGGCCAUUGGUAUCACGCUCGGGAAGAAUCAGACCAAGUUUGGCAAUGAACGCAUCAAGUCGAAUGGUUGUGACCCUUCGAAAGCCAAGAUUCUUUGUAUGGACUACAGAGACAUUCCUGGCGGCAAAAGCGGCUACACAAAAAUCGUCAGUCUAGAGAUGGCCGAGCACGUAGGCAUUCGACGUUAUGGCGCAUUCCUAAGACAGAUGUACGACCUCCUCGAUGAUGAUGGUAUCUUCGUCCUCCAGGUUGCUGGUCUCCGCCCACACUGGCAGUAUGAAGAUCUCAUUUGGGGUCUCUUCAUGAACAAGUAUAUCUUCCCUGGAGCAGAUGCAUCUUGCUCGCUUGGCUGGGUCAUUAGCCAAGUUGAAGCGGCUGGUUUCGAGGUAAAGAAUAUCGAUGUUCUGGGCGUGCACUACAGUGCGACGCUCUGGCGGUGGUAUAAGAACUGGGUCACCAACAAGGAGAGUAUUGUCGCGACGUAUGGAGAGCGAUGGUACCGUAUCUGGGUGUUCUUCUUGGCUUACUCAACCAUCAUUAGCCGCAACGGAGGAUCAUCUGUUUUCCAGCUGACGCUGCACAAAAACCUGAAUGCCUACCCGAGGAUUCUGGGGGUCACUAACCACACUUCUAUCCAUGUGGACUCCCAGCGGGAGAUUACACCUAUCGUCUAA